AUGGAGGACAGCUUAUUAGACGCGAUGGUGUGUGUCUUCCUGCUGUUCCUUUCCCUUCCACAGGCACACUACGAUGGAAGAGUCAUGUCAAUAGAUCGUCGGCGCCACAGAGUCCUACGAACAGGAAAGGAAAGCUGCCGCUGCACCUUCGGUGUGCGGCUCUUCCGCCACUGCUUCACCCGACCCCCCUCCAACGACACAGCCCAUCCUGCCUCUUGUAACAAUGAACCUGGACCAUUGCCAGCUGCAACCACAUCGUCUGCAACAGCAGCAGAUGCAGCAGCAGCAGCAGCAGCAGCCUCUCGUUGCGUCAAUGUCGGCAGCGACAGAAACAGCAGGGGCGGGACUAGCAGCAGAGAGGGCGUGUGCUCUGACACUGGAGUUACGGAGAUCAGCACCAGUUUCAAUGAUCCUUCUCGCUUUGUUGCAGAUGACAGCCGGGAGAGCCGGCUGGAUUGGGCGAGUGUGAGUUGCCCGAUCUCCGCCCUUUGUGUUAGAGUUAAUCCCCUUCGCCCGCUGCCAGAGCUUCUAGAGCAGCACGUGGCUUCACUUCGACAGCCGUUCCCGAUUGAAGGGGUAGAACGGAGGGAGGUCCAGGUGGGGGAAGACACGGUGGUGGUGAGUGGUUGGGGUUGGGAGGAUUGGCGGGUGAAUACCCCGUACUCCUGGUCUGGGGCCCUGCUGCCUGACGCAAGAGCUGGUGGUGGUGGUGGUGGUGUAGCUGCUGCUGCUGCUGCUGCUGCUGCUGCUGCUGCUGCUGCUGCUGCUGCUGCUGCUGCUGCUGCUGCUGCUGCUGCUGCUGCUGCUGCUGCUGCUGCUGCUGCUGCUGCUGCUGCUGCUGCUGCUGCUGCUGCUGCUGCUGCUGCUGCUGAGAGGAAGGGCAAGCGGAAGUGGGCGGAGGAAGAUAGAGGAGGGGAACGGAGGGCAAGAAAUCCUGCUGCUGGCCCAUCCUCCCUGUCUGCCACUCCUGCUGCUGGCCCAUCCUCCCUGUCUGCCACUCCUGCUGCUGGCCCAUCCUCCCUGUCUGCCACUCCUGCUGCUGGCCCAUCCUCCCUGUCUGCCACUCCUGCUGCUGGCCCAUCCUCCCUGUCUGCCACUCCUGCUGCUGGCCCAUCCUCCCUGUCUGCCACUCCUGCUGCUGGCCCAUCCUCCCUGUCUGCCACUCCUGCUGCUGGCCCAUCCUCCCUGUCUGCCACUCCUGCUGCUGGCCCAUCCUCCCUGUCUGCCACUCCUGCUGCUGGCCCAUCCUCCCUGUCUGCCACUCCUGCUGCUGGCCCAUCCUCCCUGUCUGCCACUCCUGCUGCUGGCCCAUCCUCCCUGUCUGCCACUCCUGCUGCUGGCCCAUCCUCCCUGUCUGCCACUCCUGCUGCUGGCCCAUCCUCCCUGUCUGCCACUCCUGCUGCUGGCCCAUCCUCCCUGUCUGCCACUCCUGCUGCUGGCCCAUCCUCCCUGUCUGCCACUCCUGCUGCUGGCCCAUCCUCCCUGUCUGCCACUCCUGCUGCUGGCCCAUCCUCCCUGUCUGCCACUCCUGCUGCUGGCCCAUCCUCCCUGUCUGCCACUCCUGCUGCUGGCCCAUCCUCCCUGUCUGCCACUCCUGCUGCUGGCCCAUCCUCCCUGUCUGCCACUCCUGCUGCUGGCCCAUCCUCCCUGUCUGCCACUCCUGCUGCUGGCCCAUCCUCCCUGUCUGCCACUCCUGCUGCUGGCCCAUCCUCCCUGUCUGCCACUCCUGCUGCUGGCCCAUCCUCCCUGUCUGCCACUCCUGCUGCUGGCCCAUCCUCCCUGUCUGCCACUCCUGCUGCUGCCUCAUCUCCCUCUCCAGCUGCUGCCCCGUCUGCCUCUCCAGCUGAUGCCCCGUCUGCCUAUGGUGGUAUGGGGAGUAAGAGGAGGGGUUCUGUGAGACCCUUUACAGGCAUUCCCCUUGGUGCUGUGGUGAUCAUUCUGUCAGAUGAUGAGGGAGAGGCUGGGAAGGGUGUAUGCGUGGAGGCAGAGGAGGAGGAGGAGGAGGAGGAGGAGGAGGAGGAGGAGGAGGAGGAGGAGGAGGAGGAGGAGGAGGAGGAGGAGGAGGAGGAGGAGGAGGAGGAGGAGGAGGAGGAGGAGGAGGAGGAGGAGGAGCAAGAGGAGAAGGAAGAGGGGGAAGUGGAGACAGACGAGGAGGAGCAGGAGGAGGAGGAAGAUGGAGACGUGGAGAUACUAUUAUAA